AACAGCUGUUGUGUGACUGUUCCAGCUGUGUAAGGCUGAACAUCAUGACAUCAUGUUGAAYGUAUUUUCUGGGCCCUGCAGUAGAAACAGGGCGGAUGUUUUGGACUGUGAUUCUCUGGGCUGAGCAGAUCUCUUGCAGAAUGUUGGAUCCAGUCGAUCACUGAAAACACAUGCGAGGAAGCUGCACCUUUGUGCAGACAGAGCUGCAAAAUGUCCUGGGGCCAUGACUUUAAUGUGGUCCCCACUMUGCUCCAGAUGUGGGUGAUGAUCUGUUUGCUCCCAUUUGUCGCCUCCCAGUCGACGAACCCUGCAUCAAAAAGGGCUCGAAACUUCACCGUCCAUUCCUCCCAGCUGGUCUGCAGUCUGCCAGGCCCAGCAGGCCCACCGGGAAACCACGGCUCCCCUGGAGCACCWGGGUCUACGGGCCCGAUGGGGCCACCAGGGCUGGACGGUCCAGAUGGAAAAGAUGGAGAAAAGGGGGAAAAAGGAGAAAGAGGUGAUUCAGGGAGAACCGGGAACCCAGGCAAACCUGGUGUAAAGGGCCGUGAGGGUGUUAUCGGAAAAGCAGGACCCCGAGGAUUGAGGGGGUUGCGUGGACCACCAGGAGUGGCUGGAAAACAGGGACAAAAGGGAGAGUUUGGUGAGAGGGGCCAGCGAGGAGCCCCCGGAGGCUGCAACUGUGGCAGAGCAGCUCGAUCAGCCUUCUCUGUGGCCGUGACCCAGAGUUACCCCAAAGAGAGGAUGCCCAUCCUCUUCAACCGGAUCCUGCUGAACGAGGGGGACCACUACAACGCCAGCACUGGGAAGUUUGUCUGUGAGAUCCCAGGGGUCUACUACUUCACCUACGACAUCACACUGGCCAAUAAGCACCUGGCCAUCGGGCUGGUGCACAACGGACAGUACAAGAUUAAGACAUUUGACGCCAAUACGGGGAACCAUGAUGUGGCUUCUGGUUCUACUGUUCUCCAGCUGAAGGAGUCAGAUCAGGUCUGGCUGCAGAUCUUCUACUCGGAGCAGAACGGACUCUUCUUUGACCCGUUCUGGACAGACAGCACCUUUACAGGCUUCCUCAUUUAUGCCAACCAGGAGUUUCUCAAUGAGGCAGAACAAAAGGCAAAUAGUCAGUCUGACAGUUAAUACUGUAAACCGGAAAUAUCACAUUGUUUUUUUUUUUAUCUGUAUUUCACAUCAGAAUGAGAUGUCACAAAUGUGUCUUCAGUUGAUAAACAAGUUUCGACACCAGGGGGCGCACAAGUAAAAAAACAAAAAAAACAAAGGAAAAAGUUUUCUUGAGCUCUAAGUUCUUAAAAACGUUGACUGAAAAAGUGGUUCCAUUGAUUACAUUUUCUUUACAAAAGACAGAAAAAUUUCAUUUUUCAAUUAUUUUAAAAACCUGAACUAAAACUGAUUCACUAUAAAGUAAAUGAAUACAUGCAUUAAAAAUAAGUAUAUAAAGA